GGCAGGCGCCGCUGCUUCUGCUGCUGCCCGGUCGCGCGGGGACAGUUCGGGGCUGAGCCGGGUGCUGUCCCGCCCUCCCGCUGCAGUCCUCCAGUCAGCCGGCCGCGCGGGUCCCGUUAUGUCGCUGAGGCAGCGCCUGGCUCGGCUGGCGAGCAGUUUGCAGGAGCCGCAGAAAGUGGCCCGCUUCCAGCAGCUGUGCGGGGUGGAAGCGCUGCCAAGCGAUUCCGCCGCAGCCCCUGCCGACCGGAGGGAGGAUGACGAAGAGGCGGAGGCGCAGCUAACCCGAGACUCCCGGCGGCGAGGGCGACAGCCAGGGCCGCCCGGGGGCCCCCAGCCUCCCGGGAGCGACCUCAAUCAGUGCCCAGCGAAGCUGGGCGGCGGCGGCGCCCCCAACGGUGUGCGGAACGGUCUGGCGGCCGAGCUGGGCCCCGCUCCGCCGCGGCGCGCGGGAGCUCUGCGUCGCAACUCGCUGACGGGCGAAGAGGGCCAGCUGGCCCAAGUGAACAACUGGCCACUCUACUACCUGUUCACCUUCGGCACGGAGCUGGGCAACGAACUCUUUUACGUCACUUUCUUUCCCUUCUGGAUCUGGAACCUGGACCCCCUGGUGGGCCGGAAACUCGUGGUCAUAUGGGUGAUGGUCAUGUACCUGGGCCAGUGCACCAAGGACAUCAUCCGUUGGCCGCGGCCUGCCUCGCCGCCGGUGGUAAAGUUGGAGGUCUUCUACAACUCCGAGUACAGCAUGCCCUCUACCCAUGCCAUGUCCGGCACCGCCAUCCCCAUUUCCAUGGUCCUUCUCACCUAUGGCCGCUGGCAGUAUCCUCUUAUAUAUGGACUGAUUCUCAUUCUCUGCUGGUGCUCUCUAGUUUGCCUAAGUAGAAUUUACAUGGGAAUGCACUCCAUUCUGGAUAUUAUUGCUGGAUUUCUAUAUACUAUUUUAAUCUUAGGUGUCUUCUAUCCAUUUGUGGACGUGAUUGACAACUUCAACCAAACUCACAAAUAUGCUCCAUUAAUCAUCAUCGGGCUUCAUUUAGCCUUGGGGAUUUUUUCUUUCACCCUUGACACCUGGAGCACAUCCCGAGGAGACACAGCUGAGAUUCUAGGAAGUGGUGCUGGCAUUGCAUGUGGAUCUCAUGCUAUUUAUAACAUGGGUAUAGUAUUAGAUCCUAGUCCCCCCAUUACUGUGACUCUUUUUGGAAAAGCCAUAUUGCGGAUCCUCAUAGGGAUGACAUUUGUACUAAUAAUCCGAGUUAUAAUGAAAAAGAUCACCAUUCCCCUAGCCUGUAAAAUCUCCAAUAUACCAUAUGAUGAUGUUCGAAAAGCAAGGCAGCACAUGGAAGUUGAACUUCCUUAUCGGUAUCUUACCUAUGGAAUGGUUGGCUUCUCAAUCACAUUUGUGGUUCCUUGCAUAUUUUCCUUUAUUGGUCUUUCUUGAUUGAGAAAUGUUGUUUAUGAUAAGAAAGAAAGAUGUAGGUUAUUGAUAUCUGAAAAUAUAUUCUAGGAAAAAGCCAGAUCAGAGUUAGGCUUUUGCAGGAAUUUAACUUAAAUAAUUAUUUAAGUAAAUUCCAAAGAGUUGUGCAUUUUAUCGUUGCACAUCCAGAUAUUGUUUUAGGUGAGCUGAGCUAUUUCAACACAGAAGAAGUAAGUGUUCAUUUAGAAUAUUCACGUAAUUUUUGGAAAGUUUUAGUGCUGUUAUGGAUUCAAGUUAUAUAUAACAUAUAUUAAGGUACAUAAUAUGCAUUAUAUAUCUAAUAUAUUUUAUAUAUAAAAUAAUAUACCUAAGUUUUUUAAAGCUUUGGGGUCUAUUAUAAAACCAAUAAUAAUAUGCAAACAGUUGUGCCUGUAUAUUUGGACUUAAUACAGGUAUGUUGUUACUAACAGAUAAAUUAAACAUUUAUUUACUAUGGGAGCCAUUUCCUGAUUGAAUUGCGUAACUACUAGACCAGAAUUCAUAUCCUACCACAUAUUAAUUUACUGCCUGUUUUUACACUGCCGUCACCUUUCAUGUUACCCAUGAUGUUGAACAUGGGAGGCAUUUUUAAUGGACCAAAUUUUCAGAAAAGUUAGUUUUUGGAUUCCUUAAUUUUUUUUCCGGUUCUGUGUACUGUGUUGAAUGUACUUUAUUUGCAACUGUUCUGGACAUCAGUUUAAUAAUUCAGGUACUGAAUUUUAAUGCUUGCUAAUUGUGCCUUUCAGUUGCUAAAUUAAGAAAUGCCCUGUAUACUGUGAUAUAAAACUUAAACUACAUAUGAUCAGGCAAAUGUUUUUAAAAAAUAUAUGUCAAGCUAACUAACAGGGAUAGAAGUAAACCAUCCUUAACUAUUUAGCCUUUAGAAAGAAAUGUGGAACGGGCUAAACUUCCUCACUGAUUUAUUGGAAAGCAAAAUGGAUAAAUAUUUCCAUUUUUGUAGACAUUUUUAUGUGCAUUUCAAGUUAUAGGAACAAGAUAUAUUUUUUUGUACAUUGUCUUGACUGUUUGUACUGCAGGUCGAUAUUGCCAGUGAACGGAAAUGUAAUUGAAAUUUAUAGAUGGAACAAUGCACAUGUUUCAUAUAUAAGGAAACCAUUUUUUCUAAAUUAUUUGGAAGGGAUUGGAUUUAGCACUGUUAACUUUAAUACCCAUUUAUUAACUACUUAAGGUAAAUUAUAAAAUCUAAAAAUAUGCAUCAGUAUUUUAGAUCCCAUUGUUUUUUUCAACUUUUCAUUAUUUUCACAGCGGAAAAUUUGGGUAUAGUAUUAAUCUAUUCUUUAUUCUGUCUGUGCCUUUAUACUUUGAAAUGUGACUGUAAUUAAGUUGAUAUGAAGUUUAUUUGUAGUAAGAAGAAAAUUAAUUUUCCACAUAAAUGAACAUCAGCUAUGGAAUUACUGAUAUUAGUGCAAUGUCUACAUGAUUGUCCAGAAGUAUCACUUAAGAUGUUUCUAUUUUGGGCAGCAUAACAAUCAGAGCUCAUAUUUUUAUAAUUCUGAUUGAGAAUUUAGGGACAUGGCAAUUUUUACCAAAACCGAAUCUGAUAAUUUUAAGUAAAGCAACUAAAUUUGGGCCAUUCACCUAUUCGUUAAGAGAACACUGAGGCACUUAGGAACAUAUUGGUACGUUGGGAAAUGUGAAAAGACUUUUUUUUUUCCCAAAACUUGUGUUUAAUGAAUUUUAGGAGCUAUUUUCCGUGAGUUGGGUCUGUGCUGUCCUAUUAAUUUUAUGUGUAGCUUAAAAGAUAUUUGAAAAUAUUCCAUUUCUUGUGUUUUAUUAUUUUUUCUUUCAUGAUGUUUUAUGCUAAAUGUAUUUGAAAAUAAAAGCCAAAUUCAAGAUUGAAUGAGGUUUUUUUUGUUUUGUUUUAUUUUGUUUUGGGUUGGUUUGAUUUUUUGCCUGCUAUUCAUCUGUCUCUGUAUUACCUGGUAGAGGUUUUUUAAAAAAAAUCCUAGGAUUUUCAUGCUAGCAGGCUUUUCCACUGAAGCAUUUUGUUCAGAGGCAAAGGACUGUUUUUAGCAACAGAACACAAUUAAGAGACUCUUUAAGGAUCAGUUUGACUUUUGGUUUUACUAAUGAACAUUUCCAACAUUGUACUUUUAGUGAAGUAUUUCAUAAUACUUCUAAAGAAAACUUAUGUGUAAAAGGUGGUUUCAGUUAAAUCUGCGGCUAAUAGAAAUGUAGGUAACCAGUUGCCAUCAAGUCGAUUCCAACUUGUGGUGGCCAUGUGUGUGUCAGAGUAGAACUGUGCUCCAUAGAAUUUUCAACGGCUGAUUUUUUGGAAAUAGAUCACCAGACCUUUCUUCCAGGGCACCUAUGGGUGGACUCGAAUCUCUAACCAUUCAGUUAGCAGCCAAGGUUGUUUACUGCUAUUCCAUUAACGUCAGUAAUUAAUCAUAAGAUUAGGAGCAGAUACUUUUUCAAGUAGAAUGAAAACAUAUGGACAUUUCAUUGUUUUAAAAUUCCAUGAUAUAUGAAUGGUGAAAACUAGGUCUGCCAGAAAGGCAGGCUAUAAGGCAGGAAACCCUGGUGGCAUAGUGGUUAAGAGUUUGGCUGCUAACCAAAAGGUCAGCAGUUUGAAUCCAUCACGCACUCCUUGAAUACCCUAUGGGCCAGUUCUACUCUGUCCUAUAGGGUGCCUAUAAGUCGAAAUUGACUCAGUGGUGAUGGGCUUAAAUACAAGGCAAAGCUACUACAAGAUUGACGUAAUUAUUUUUAUUUUCUAUUCUAAUUUUCUUUACAAGCCAUAUUAUUAAAUGACUUUUGAAGAGGGCAUAAAAAUUAAUUCAGUGAAAUGAAUAGAAUUUCAAGGUGAAUAUUCACAAGACAUUUGAUAAAGAUGAGUAAACAUUAAAAUGUUUUUACUUUGAAUAUAUAAUUACAUUUACAAUUUUAUAAGGCAAAUUUUAUAAUUACAUAAUUAUAUAAAUUAUAUAAUUACAUUUACAAUUUUAUAAGGCAAGAGUUUUUUUAUUGCUGAAACCAUUUUAUUCUUGUUAAAAAAAGAAUAUUCUGGAUUUCAAAACUAAAAUAUUCAACGUGGGAAUCAAUAAGGGCCAAUUUUUCAAAUUCAACUUUACAGUUGAAUGAGUUUUUCUGAAGGGAGUUUUUGUUGUUUACUAGAGAUUUUUAGAGAAAAGAGGCAACCGUUUGCGUCAUUGAGCAUAGUCAUUGAGCAGUUACUAGGCUGGGUAUUCUGUUAGAUUUUAGUCACAUUCUUCCAGUCCUUCUGAAGUGUGCAUAAGUUAAAAACACUUUUAUACUUGAUUUUUAUUAUGGUUGCAUAAGCUAUAAAUAGCACAAUAAAAAUAUAUUUUCACAUGCUAAUUUUAAAGAAUUUUACGGGACAUUUUGGAAAGCGCCUCUCUUGAUUUUUAAGCCUAUCAGACCAAUACAAAUCUUUAAGGAAAAUAUGCCUUUUUGUGAUACACAUAGGAGAGAAAAUAAAAACUAAAAAAAAAAACAAAAACUAUCUUUAAAUAAAAAUGUUUAAGGAAAUGAGUAUUUUUUAAAACCUCAACUAGCUGGCUUUUUAAAGUGAGUAAUUCACUUUUGGAUCCUAAUUAGUUCUCUGCCUGUCCCGUUUUCUCCUCCAAACAUGGAAUGGAAUAUCUGAUAGUGGCAACCUAUGAGCAGGACAAAUGUACUUUGAUAACUAGUAACUGUUACUGACUGUUCACGCUGAAAAUUCUUAGUGUGAAAGCUCUCUUGCCUGUAAAUAUGAAAAACCAGAUUCUUUCAUAGCUCAUCUUUAGUCUUGGUACAUUUUCCAUGGAUGUCUGUAAAGCCCAUACCCUGGUCCCACAAACAACAGGAUAUGACAGGCUAUCUAAGGUUGAUUUUUUUACAAUUUUCUUUUUCUGCUUCUUUUUCUAUUUCCAGAUGAAUUUUAAAAUUGUGUUAUGACCUCCAUUAACACAUUGUAUCAUGAUGUCUACCACAUAAUUUAGGUUUAUUUUCCACCUUGUCCUGAGUACAUUAUCUUAAAAUGUCAUACACUUACUUAUAUUUGUUUUGUAAUAUUUGUUUGAUGUAAUACAUAUUUUCAAAGUUUCCUUUGUUAAAUACUGGCAUUUUCUUAUGAGAUGUAAAAUUGGUACUCUUAAAAAAAAAAAUUUUUUUUUUUUUUUUUUUUACCACAAUGGUAUUACCUAUUCAUGUUUGAGGUUUAUCCUUUGGCCUAAAUUGGGGGUUCUCUUAACCUGAAUGAAGUCCAUCGUAGAACACAUCGCAAUCUUUCAUUUGUGUAUUAUUUACUUUAAAAUUUUUCUUUCUUAGUCUCUAUAAUGUAAGCUUCCUAAGGACAAGAAGCUUGUGCAUCUGUUUACUUCUGGAUCCUGAAACAAUGUAUGUCGAAUGAAUACAUGAAUUACUCAGUCCCUACACAGCACAGGCUUUAGUAUGUGCAUUUUUCCAGGGAGAAGUUUUACAGCUUUCAUCAGAUUCUCAGACAUCAAUGAUCUGAAAAAUUAAAAAUUAUUUAUUUAGCAGUCUGACUUCUUGUUUUAGCUAUGUUCACAUGGUUAGAUUGUUAAGUAAAUGCUUCCAAUUUUUCUGGUAAGAAUUUUGUCACUUUUUAUGCAAAUAUUUCAUGGUUAAUCAUUCUUGAAAAUAAGUUUUUCAUGUAAUAACUACAAUACUGUUGUAGAGAAUGUGGUUUGCAUCCAAAUUAGUUUUAAGGUAUUAUUUCCUUUAGAAUUAAAAUCAAAUCUAAAAGAAAGUAUUCUGCAUAUAUAGGGGUAUAAUGUAAAUUUCUAGUAAUAGUUAUGUAAAUAUCUUCUUGAGAAUAUUGCUUUCAAAGUUGAUUUUUAAUCUCUCAUAUAAACAGCUAUUUCAUUUAAAGUUGUAAAGAGAUAUUUUUAAUUAAAAUUUAAAUAAAAUAUAUUCAGGGCUUAAAUGUCACCGUUAUUAUUGUUAUUUUUAUCUUAAGCAAAGUCAAAGGCUCUCCUUGCACUCCAAAAGUCUCCAGGCUCGGAUUUAUGUAACUCAGUAGGGCUGCGUGAGGUUUGGUGGCAAUGAAAUGGAGUCUAAUUUCCCUACUAUUUAAGGCUUUUUCCCUGUUCUUGAUUUAAGGGGGAAAACUUACCAAACUCAUUUUAAUGGAAGUGCUAUUUUUUGCUCAUUUCUGAUUGAAAUCCUGUGAUAAAAAUCCGGCAAUAGUAAAAGCAAAGAAGCUAAAAUAAUCCUUCAACAUUUUUUACUCUGCAAAAUGUUUCAAAUAGCUUUGCAUAAUAAAUAUUUGAAAAUAUUUCUGUUUCUUGGCAGUGUAUUCCAAAAAUUAUUCAUGGACACAGUGUGAAUUUUUUAAAUUAACAUAUGACUUAAUUUAUAAAUACCAUUAAUUCAUUGUAAUUUAGAUAUGGCAUUUUCAUCUGAAAUACUUUCCUACCUUUUCUAAAAAUAAAUUCUCUAUUUUCCCAUUAUGCUGUAUAUGCUAAAGGUAAUCAUAGAAUUUUAAAUUGUUUUAGAUACAUAGGGGGUCUUAGAGCUCAUAUAUAGCAGCUUCUUACCCCAAUUCAGAAAUCUCUUCUACAAUGUUAUUAACAUCUAAUCAUGUGAACUCUUCUCAAAUACUCCCUUCGUCAGGCAAACCGCAACUUUAUAAGUCAUUCUUUUCCACUGUUAAACAGUUCUAAGUGAAGUGAGAUUUUGAUGGGCUAAAGUCAAUGUGGCAGGAUAGGGAAUAAAUUUUAGGUAGAAGAAAUAGGAUGAACCAAAGCGUGGAAAUGGAAUAUGUAAGACAUGUUUCACAUGUGGAUGUAAGGUUAUACUCCUCUCUUCUCCAAACCCUCACUAACCAAACCCGUUGCCAUUGAGUAGAUCCCGAUUCAUAGCGGUCCUGUAGGACAGAGUAGAACUGUCCCAUAGGGUUUCUGAGGAACAGCUGGUGGAUUCGAACUGCCAGCCUUUCGGUUAGCAGUUAUGAAGCACUGUGCCAACAGGGCCCCAAACCCUCAUUAGAGGAUUGUAAAAAUAAGCUAAUGACACACCUAGAUACCUGCUCACAGAAGUUCAAGAAGAGUAUGCAGAUCAGGCUACAAGGGGCCCUUAUAUGUUCUUCAACAGGAGGACUAGCUCCCAAGGGCCCUACUCUGAGGUUUCCAGGCAUGCUCUGGGAAUAAAGUUGGUGUUCCUGAACUUAACCUCUCAUCCUACCAUACCUAAAAGAUUAUGAAAUUUCUUCUAUGGACUGAGGUCAGAAUCUGUUACACAUCUGGCUGACCCCAACUGCUGGAGACAUGAAGAUUGUGAAGUGGGUGGUAGUGGUGUUGUCUUAGCUGUCAUGGAGUCAGUAUCCAACCCAUGGUGAUCCCACACACAAAGGAAUGGAAUGUUUCCCAGUCCUGCACCAUUCCCGUGAUUGGUUGCAGUUGUAGGAAAGGUGUUUGUCAGUAGAAUAAUGGAGGCAUCACAAAUACAUUCUGUAUGCUUGAGGUAAUCCACAAUACACUCUUGAACACCAAAUUUUUUAUGAUUCAACAUUAUUGUCCAAGAAGGCUCUUGGCUUCCUCAUUAGGUAUUCUAUUACCUAUUAAAAAAAGAAUAUGAUGACCACAUUGUCUUACAGUUACCUUAAUUAGUUGACAAGCAAGUUAGUAGCCUUGCGUAUCUGUGAGUACUUACCGCUUAGUAAGUAUUGUCCACCUGAGACACCCAUCCCAAAAAAGCUUUUGGUGAAUUUGCUAUGAUGCCAUAAGUAGGGAAAAAACAGGAAGAAAGAUCAUGUACUUCUGUCUUUGGGGGCUUUAAGCUUUUGUAUGCCGUGAUAUGUUAGGCCUUAUUACUUGCCCUUGCAAGGCUAUUAUACAGCUGGCUUCAGAUUCUAGGCUUGCAACCAGUGGCUUUUCCCAAAUCCUGAUCCUUCCACUUUACAGACCUCUUUUACUUGUUCUUGUAAAAAAAUCUUUGCAUCUGAAUUCUAUUCUGUGUGAAGAUGCUGGUGCCAAACCCGUACUGAGUUUCUUGUUCACAUUCUGUGUCUUUUUUCCAAUAAAUACAGUGAGAAAAAUACCAAAACCCAAACCUGUUGCUUACAGGGCUGUAAGGACUGGGAGGCACCACUUAUUCUCAGACCCUGGUCAUGGGUGGGUAGGUGGAGUGGGUGGAGCCACCAGUCCUCAGGCCCCUGCUGUGUGUAGGUGAGGACCCUGCUUAAUGGGCAGGGUGGUGUCAAAUAUCAGGAAUCUGCCACUCCAUCUUAGCUGUUGCAGUUGAAAAGAGGCUUCAGGUAUAUACCCUGUUGUACUAUGCUGAUGAGGGCCUACGCUGUUGAAAUGGGCCCACACAGGUCUAGGCAGGGGUGGAAGGCAUUGAAAGUCUGAGGACCACUUACGCCUGUGCCUAGGCAAGGGGGCUGUGCCUCCUCUGAGGUCCCAGCUUAGGAGAGCUGACAAAUUAUUUUUCCUGUUAUUUGUUAAUUUGUUCCCUCUCCAAAACCAGGAGAAUGGCUUGGGGCAUGUGACAGGACCCACUUCUGGGGUGGGGGUGCGGCAAUCACUGAAGCUGGCCUGGGACAGAGCAGGGAGGGGGUAGAGGGUGGGUGAAUGGGAGAGGUACUUCCCAGAGGGAAAGGGUUUUUUUUUUAUCCCGCAUGGUAGGUUUUUGUGGUUGGAUGGUAGGUUAAACACUUGCACUUCACUUUCUCAGAUCCUUACAGCCAACAGUACUGGGUGCCCAAAGUCCGGCUGCAAAGCCCACCCACCUAUGAGCUCUAGGGAAUAGGGACAUGCCUUCCACCCAGGCACUCAGGGGCAGCCAUCAGCCCCCUACCUUGCUCAGCACAUGACCCCCUACUGCAGCCAGAUACCUGUGCCUGCUCCAAUCACUCCUAUGUAGCCCUCUCCAUCUAGGAUGGUAAGUGAGAGCAUGCAUCACACACUUGGUGACUGACAGCCUGGACACCUGAGCUGAAUCCACACAAGAAAAAUAAAUGGACUCCUGGGCUCACGUACCUACUAGCAGCUCUAACCACCUGGUGACAGGAUGUGAGAGCUUCAAUGAUACCAGUAAACAAAGUAGCUCACACAACCAGCCUAUUUGGGUAUAUCAAAACAAAACAAGAAGCUAUGACACAGUAAAAAAAUAUGACACAGUAAGCAAACAUAAAAUAAAUAUAAUAACUUAUUGAUGGCUCGGAGACAAUGGUCAAUAUCAAAUCACAUAAAGAGGCAGACCAUGAUGGCUUCAACAAGUGACCAAAACAAAGAACCAAAAAACCUCCCGGAGGAAGAAAUGAUCUUGGAAUUACUGGAAGUAGAAUUCAAAAGAUUAAUAUACAGAGUUCUUCCAGCUCUUCCUGUAUAUCAAGAAGGAAAUCAGGCAAAAGGCAGCCCAAGUCAAGGAACACACAGACAGAGCAAGAAAGGAGCUUAAAAGGUUAUACAAGAGCAUAAUGACAAAUUUAACAGGCUAUAAGAAUCCAUAGAGAGACAGGAAAUAGAAAUCCAAAAGAUAAAAAAAAAAAAAAUUUCAGAAUUAGACAAUAGAAAGUCACAGGAGCAGAAUUAAGGCAAUGGAAGUCAGAAUUAGUGAGGUUAAAGAUAAAGCACUUGACACCAAUUUAUUUGAGGAAAAAUCUGAUAAAAGAAUUUUUUAAAAAAUGAAGAAACCUUAAGAAUUAUGUGGGACUCUAUCAAGAGGAAUAACCUAUGAGUGAUUGGAGUACCAGAACAGGGGGUGAUAACAGAAAAUACAAAGAGAAUUUUUGAAGGCUUGUUGGCAGAAAACUGCCCUGAUAUCAUGAAAGACAAGAAGAUAUCUCUCCAAGAAGCUCAUUGAACACCACGCAGGUUAGAUCCCAAAAGAAAGUCACCAAGGCAUAUUAUAAUCAAACUUGCCAAGACCAAAGAUAAAGAGAGAAUUUUAAGAGCAUCCAGGGAUAAACGAAAAGUCAUCUACAAAGGAGAGUCGAUAAGACUAAACCCUGACUACUCAGCAGAAACCAGGCAGGCAAGAAGGGGAUAAGAUGACAUAUAUAAAGCCUUGAAGGAAAAGAAAUUGCCAGCCAAGAAUUAUAUAUCCAGCAAAACUAUCUCUCAAAUAUGAUUGCAAAAUUAGGGCAUUUCCAGAUAAACAGAAGUUAAGGGAAUUUGUAAAAACCAAACCAAAAUUACAAGAAAUACUAAAGGGGGUCCUCCAGUUAGAAAAUCAAUAACAUCAGAUAACAACCCAAGACUAGAACAUGGGACAGAACAACCAGAUAUCAACCCAGAUAGGGAAGUCACAAAAAUAAAUCAAGCUAUAAUACCUUUGACUAGACUCUAGAUGUCCUUUCUCCAAGACAUGGUUUCCUUACAUACAAAAUGAAGAGAUUGGACUUUGUUUUUUAAGAUCCUUUUCAACAUUAAAAUGUAAUAAACUCUGUUAGGCCAAGCAUGUAAAAUCAAAAGCAGUAUUUCUAUUGUUUUCAUCAGGAUACUGAAAUUUAACAAAAAAGGAACUUUUUACCUAUAGAAACAUAAGAUAAAAGACAAUUCCUAAUUCAUAUAGAUCUCUGUAACAACAAAGAGUAUAGUUGUGUGCCAUUUAAUUACAGAUCUUAGUGUUUUUUUUGCCUCUUGUCUGCAAAAAGUUUGUAUACAUCCCCUUCUAAGAAAGACACAAUUUUCACCAAAGAGAUACAAUGAAGUAAUUGCUUUGGAAGGGUUAUAACAAGAGGUUACAAGUCUCCAUCAUAACUUUUUUUGUGAAUCACAAGAUUUGAAGUGACCACAGGCUGUUACCUAAUAUAACCUACUAUCCGAAUAGUUCUGAGCUGAAACCACUUCAAACAGUUCUUUGCUUAAAAAAAAAGAAUGGGAAGAGGGACAGGACAGACACCAAAGACCUUGGUAAUUUAUAAUUCAUUCAACAAAGCUUGCUAGCAACAGAGAUGGGCAUGUAAAUAAAAAAAAGAAAGAAAAGAAAUUUUCUCCUUUGGGAAUUUCAAUGAGAACAAAACAAAAAAUCAAAGAAGAAAAUGAUGGAUGAAAAAUGCAAAACUACCUCAUUAUACACCUAAGCCUCUUAUGAACCCUGAAGAUUCAGGUUGCAUUUUUGAAAAUAAAACCCUUGUAAUUCAUUCAAAGCUAAUUUUAAAAUUACAGAGCAUAUUACCAAGUUAACAGUGUUUUCUUUCAAAUAAAAGUAAACAACAUAAAACCACUGCUGUUGUUUAUUAGAACAUUUCCAGAAUGUAACAAUACUGCAGAAAGCCUUUUUUUUUUUUUUUUUGGUAUUUCAUAAGAAGUUAUAUUAGAAAACAUGAGAUUAUUCUUGAAUUUUCAUUGGUCAGCCAUUUUUUUAUAGGGUAAUUUUAUUUCACAGAAAUGAGAAGUUAGUUGUCUCUUAAAAUUACACAAGAUAAACAUGAUAAAUUCCUGUUACAAAAAAAAAAAUUCAAAAGCAGAAGUCUCCUUUUGCCCCUUAUGACAAUUGCACUCCUCUGGCAGAAAUAACCACUGUUACCAGUUUAUGGUAUAUCCUUUUUCUAUAUGUGUAUAUUUGUUUAUGUAUUUACAUAUGUUGAAAUAUAUAAUUGUGCUUUAAAGGGUCGAGUUUUUUAAAAAGCAAAAACUAGAUGUUGUACAUACUGUUCUGCAAACAUCUUUUUAUUUUCAUUUAGUGAUAUAUCUUGGAGUUCUUCUGGGAUUUCUCUGCUGGAGUUGUCUUCUUUAUGUUGAAACAUCAGUUUUCCCCUCUUAGUCAUUCUCAACAGCGCACAACUUGGCCCCAUUUCUCUGUUCUCCAUUUCUUGAGAUUUGUCUGUAUUUUCUCUGUCCACUUCCUCACCACCUACUCUCUCGGGUUUUUUUUUUUUUUUUUGGAGGAAAAAAAAAUUCUUUUAUUGUACUUUAUCUGAAGGUUUAUGGAGCAAAUUAGUUUAUCAUUAAACAGUCAGUAUACAUAUUGUUUUAUGACAUGGGCUAACAACCCCGUGACAUGUCAUCACUCUCCCUUCUCGACCUUGGGUUACCUAUUACCAGCUUUCCUGUCCCCUCCUGCCUUCUAAUCCUUACCCCUGGGCUGGCAUGCCCUUUUAGUCUUGCUUUGUUUUAUGGGCCUGUCUUUUCUGAGAAAUUUAAGAAUUACCUAAAAGUUAAAAGAAUGUAAUAAAUAUCUAUUUUCCCAUGACCUGGAAUGAAUAAUCCUUAGCAUUUUGUCAUAGUUGCUUCUAGUCUUUUUAUUUUUAAAGAAGAAAACAUUACAGAUGUGCUGAGGCAUCUUUAAAUCACUGCCACAUUCCCAUCAUCAUCUCCUGCUUUGCAGAGGCAACUAUUAUCGUGAGUCCUUCUAGUCCAUCUUUUAUGCUUUUAUGUACAUAUUUAUAUAUCCGUAGCCAAUAUAUCGUAUUUUUGUUGCUGGUUUUAAUUUACAUUAAUGAUACCAUUCAACAAAUUGUUUUUCUUAACUCAACAUCAUGUUUUUGAGAUGCAAUUGCCAACCUUUUGGUUAGCAGCCAAGCACUUAACCACUGCACCAACAGCACUCCAAUUUAUAGAUACAAUUCAUUUCUGUUGCCUACUGUAUAGUAUUUUAUCAUAUAUUUAUUUAUCUAUUUCCUAUUCUCUUAGUUAUCUAGUGCUGCUAUAACAGAUAUACCACAGGUGGAUGACUUUAACAAACAAAUUUAUUUUCUCACAGCUUAGGAGGCUGGAAGUCCAAAUUCAGGCUCUAGGGGAAGGCUUUCUCUGUCAGUUCUGGGGAAAGGUCCUUGUCUCUUCAGCUUCUCUUUCCUGGUUCCUUGGAGAUCUCCAUGUGGCUUGGCAUCUAUCUUCCCCCAUCUCUGCUUCUCUUGCUUGCUUGUUUAAUCUCCUUUAUAUCUACAAAGAGAUUGAUUUAAGACACACCCUAAACUGAUACUGUCUCAUUAACAUAACAAAGAAAACUCAUUCCCAAACGGAAUUAUAACCACAGAUGCAGGGGUUAGGAUUUACAACACAUAUUUCUCAGAGAUACAGUUGAACCUGUAACACCUGUAAUGGACACUUUAGAUUUUCACCAAUUUCUUAAAUAUUAAAAACUAUGUGCUUACAAAUAUUAACUCAAAAUAGAUCAAAGUACUAAAUUUUAGAGCUAAAACUAUAAAAAUUUUAGAAGGAAACAUAGACACCAAUCUUUGGGACCUUAAAUUGGGCAAUAGUUUCUUAGAUAUGACAGUAAAAGCACAAAUGUCAAAAGAAAAAAAUAUAGAUUGGACUUCAUGAAAAUUAAAAACUUUUAUGCUUCAAAAGAUACUAAAAGAAAAAGGCCUCCAUACAUUGCCUUUCCUACAUCUUUCAUAAAAGUGGUAUCAUACAAUAUUUGCCCUUUUGUGACUGACCUAUUUCAUUCAGCGUAAUGUUUUCAAGGUUCAUCCAUGUUAUAGCACAUAUCAGGACUUCAUUUCUCUUUUUGACUAAUAUUCCAUUGCAUGCAUAUACCACAUUUUACUUAUCCAUUCAUCUGUUGAUGGACAUUUAGGCUAUUUGUACCUUUUGGCUCUUCUGAAUAGUGCUGCAAUCAAUAUUGGUGGUUUAUUUGCAUUUCUGUUUUCAAGACUUUUGGUUGUAUACUGUCUUAGUCUCUUAGUGUUCCUAUUACAGAAAUAUGACAAGAGGGUGGCUUUAACUAUUAGAAAUUAAUUUUCUCAUAUUUCAGGAAGCUAGAAUGGGUAGUGGAAGUAUGAAUUUAGGCCACCAGCUCUAGUGGAAAGUUUUCUGUCUCUGUGGCCCCUGGGGGAAGGUCCUUGUCUCUUUUGAGCAUCUGUUCCUCAGUUCGUUGCUGAUCUUCAUGUGGCAUGGCAUCUGUCUUUCCCCAUCUGUACUUGCUUGCUUGUGUGACUAAUCUCUUUUAUAUCUCAGAAGUGGUUGAUUUAAGACACACCCAAUGCUGAUAUAGUCUAACAGAAAAAAGAAAAACCCUAUUCCCUAAUGGGAUUACACCCACAGGUAUAGAUUAUAAUAAAUAUUUUUAUGGGACACAAUUCAAUUCAUAACAUAUACUUCGGAGGAGAAUUGCUGAAUCAUAUGGUAA